CUGAUGUCUGAGCACCCAAGCUCUAUGAUUCCAGCUUUUGAUCAGAGAAAUGGAUUAAGGGUGGUUUAUAAACUGCUGGCAUCAAAGAGUGAAGGAAUACGGGUUCAAUCUUUAAAAGUCCUCGGAUACUUUCUGAAGCAUUUGUCUCCAAAGAGGAAAGUUGAAGUUAUGCAGGCCCAUGGGUUAUUCUCUCUCCUGGCUGAGAGGCUGAUGCUAGAGGCAAAAACCAUCACAGUUACAACAUACAAUGUGUUGUUUGAGAUUCUUAUUGAACAGAUUAACACUCAGGUGAUACAUAAGCAACAUCCUGACCCUGAUUCAUCAGUCAAGAUACAA